AUGUUCAAGAAGCUCAGCGCUCUUUCCAUGAUCCUUGGUGCGGUCUCCGCCCAACAGGUCUGCACCCAGACUCCCGAGACCCACCCCAGCCUCACCUGGCAGAAGUGCACCGCUGGCGGCAGCUGCUCCAACGUUGCCGGCUCCGUCGUCAUCGACUCCAACUGGCGAUGGACUCACACCGUCUCCGGCUCCACCAACUGCUACGACGGCAACACGUGGGACAGUUCCAUCUGCUCGUCCGGCGCCACUUGCGCUUCUCAGUGCUGUCUUGAGGGUGCCGACUACACUACCACCUACGGUAUCACGGCCAGCGGCAACAGCCUCGACCUCAAAUUCGUCACCAAGCACCAGUAUGGUACCAACAUCGGUUCUCGUGUCUACCUCAUGGAGAACGACACCAAGUACCAGAUGUUCAACCUCCUCGGUAACGAGUUCACCUUUGAUGUCGAUGUUUCCAACAUCGGCUGCGGUCUCAACGGUGCCCUCUACUUCGUCGCCAUGGACCAAGAUGGUGGUAUGUCCAGGUACUCUGGAAACAAGGCUGGUGCCAAGUAUGGUACUGGUUACUGCGAUGCUCAGUGCCCUCGUGACAUCAAGUUCAUCAACGGUGUUGCCAACUCCGAGGGCUGGGAGCCUUCCUCCAACGACGCCAAUGCUGGUGUUGGUGGCAUGGGUAGCUGCUGUGCUGAGAUGGAUAUCUGGGAGGCCAACAACAUCGCCACCGCCUACACGCCCCACCCUUGCACCAACAACGCGCAGCACUCUUGCACCGGCGACAGCUGCGGUGGAACCUACUCUGACGACCGAUACGGCGGAACUUGCGAUCCCGAUGGUUGCGACUUCAACUCCUACCGCCAGGGCAACAAGACCUUCUACGGCAAGGGCAUGACCGUCGACACCACCAAGAAGAUGACCGUCGUCACCCAGUUCCUUACCAACUCGGCCGGCACCCUCUCGGAGAUCAAGCGCUUCUACGUCCAGAACGGUGUUGUCAUCCCCAACUCCGAGUCCGUCAUCCCCGGCGUCCCCGGCAACUCCAUCACCCAGGAGUUCUGCGACAACCAGAAGACCGUCUUCGGUGAUGUCGACACCUUCAACUCCAGGGGCGGUUUCGCCCAGAUGUCCAAGGCCCUCCAGGGUUCCAUGGUCCUCGUCAUGUCCCUCUGGGACGACCACUACGCCAACAUGCUCUGGCUCGACUCCACCUACCCCGUCGACGGCACCGGCUACGGCACCGAGCGUGGCUCUUGCCCCACGAGCUCCGGCGUCCCCAGCGAGAUCGAGGCCUCGGUCCCCAACAGCAACGUCAUCUUCUCCAACAUCAAGUUUGGCCCCAUCGGCAGCACCUUCAACCAGAACGGCGGCGGUAACCCCCAGCCUAGCAGCUCCGCCACGGUCCGCCCGACCUCCACCACCUCGGCCACUAACCCCGGCCAGACUGGUGCCGACCACUGGGGCCAGUGCGGUGGUAUUGGCUGGACUGGCCCUACCACUUGCAAGUCUCCUUACACUUGCACCAAGCUCAACGACUGGUACUCCCAGUGCCUGUAA